AAUUAAGACUUUGAUUAAUCGAAAUUGAGAACCGUUUGGUUUGUGCAAGUUGCGACUUGUUUUGGGUUUGGUGGAUUCCAAACUUGCUGAGCUUGUGUAUCGAUUGAAUAGUCACUUCAAUCGUGGUCGAGCAACUACCCUUUUAUACCAAUCGAGCUAUCCCCAGGUGUGGAUUUGUCCUUUUGGUUCCGUUUUAUCCCAAGUUCGUAUUAAGAACGCUUCGUUCUUGAUUAAUUAACGUUGACGAAUUUAAGAAGAUGGUCACAGAUGCGUUCAACGCUACCUUCCUGCCCCAAUUCGAUCGAAUUAAUCGUCGAUUAGAUGAGUUGAAGGUGCUGACGAAUAAAGCAGCCUUGCCAAAGAAUUCUGCAGUGAAGAAUCCAAUUUCAGAGAUGAAUCACGACCGAAGUAUUCCAAGUAAAUUCAACCCAACAAUAGAAGAGUGUAUUCGAAAACUUUCGGAAAGCUGGGCAAAGGAGAAAGAGGCUUCAAGUGGUUCGAAGGUAGAGAAAGAAGCAGCCGCCUGCCGACUCUGUUUUUCUCCGGCAAAACAGAGUUUUCCUUCUGUUGUACCCGUCGCUGCACUAGAGGAUGAUUCGGAGGAUUUUGUUGCUUCUGAUCAGUUCAUUGACUGCCCAGGAACGACUUCACACUCAUAUGAAACCCCAGAACAGACUGUAGGCGAUCGUACACCUCCAUUGACAAGAACUCAGAAGCUCUGCCGCUUCUCGGCAGCACAGAGUUCCGAAAUUGAUGAUCUCGUCGUGACCUAUGGAGAUGAUUCGAGACCACCCACCGAUGGCGACACGUUUCCUAUGACCCCAGGAACGUCAAGUGCAGCUUUAAUGGAGGAGAACGAACCCUAAAUUGCAGAUGUGAUUUUGCCAAAAGCAUCUCUGCUUGUGACGACGAACGACGGCCAAGACACCUUGCGUUGGACCAUCCAGCUCAAUUUGAGGCGAAUCAAUGCUGCAGAAACAUCAAAAACUAAUCUAGGAACGACUUCCCUACCCAGAAUCAAGCCACGACAGCUGCAAAUCAAAACACCCAGUUCUGCAGAAGCUCUUCUGCAAAUGCAGGAACUCGUCUCUAAGAAUGGGUAUUUCGUCGGAAGGACUGGGCACGAAUCCAGUCGAAAGAACGAUGUAGAAUCGUUAUUGGAGGUUUUUGGAAGGUUUAGGAGCAAUCAAUUCGUCAAGACGAUGCUUGAACAAGAAAUGCCCAAUUUCGAAUUGAAGAUUCUGGGUAAGGAAAUUCUGCAGCAGAACAUGUUUGAGCAGCCCACUUUUGAUCCAAUUUGGGAUCAGUUCUGCGAUCAUUUUGAUAAAAUAAAAGAUCAAGCUUUGAGGGCAAAACUUUUUGAAGAGGGGGAGCCUGAUAUGAUCCAAUUUGGCCAACUAUUCAUGUCACAAUUAGUUGACAAAGAAGCUAUCAAAGUUGGAAAGAAGAAGGGCAGAAUUUGGCUAAGUCAAAAUCCGUGUUCAGGGUACAUACUUUGGAGGCAUGGUUCUCUCAAUUCUCUUGGUGGAAAUUCAAUUUUAAAGGUUUGUUUUGCAGAUAAAGUUACUAUCUUUCCAAUGGUAUGAUUUAUGGAUCCAGAAGAUGUCAUUAAGGUUGUUUUCCAAGUCCUCAAAGUUGCUACCUUAAAACUGGAAAACUGCCAGAAAAUGGCCAAGGCAGAAAACUGUUUUGUGAAGCCUACUUUGGAGCUCAAUUCAAGGAGCAUGGAUGGGAUUCAAGUCAAAAGGCUUCCACAACAUGAAACUAGGUAUGUUUGUGAACAAAGGGAAGGAAUUGGAUGAAGAAUUGGAGUUCGGGAAGGCCUCGAACGAAAGGUGCGAAGUUAGUACGAAAGCUGCCUUUUGGACCGUUGCUGGCAGCUUACUUGCUCUUCAAGAAAGGGAUUUUAAACCCGAGUUUUGUACUGUUUUUAGAGUUUUUUUUUACCAUAAUUGUUUCCUAGUUACAUUAGGUUUGUAUUAGGUUUUAUUGGCUAUAAAUAGUCUUCUAUUUUCGUUGUAAAAUUAAGACUUUGAUUAAUCGAAAUUGAGAACCGUUUGGUUUGUGCAAGUUGCGACUUGUUUUGGGUUUGGUGGAUUCCAAACUUGCUGAGCUUGUGUAUCGAUUGAAUAGUCACUUCAAUCGUGGUCGAGCAACUACCCUUUUAUACCAAUCGAGCUAUCCCCAGGUGUGGAUUUGUCCUUUUGGUUCCGUUUUAUCCCAAGUUCGUAUUAAGAACGCUUCGUUCUUGAUUCGAGCUCAAUCGAUUCUUCGAUUGAGUCGUUUGCUGCGUUACUUUGAUAACAUACACCCCCCCCCCCAGGGGCGUAUCAGUAAUCCACGUCCAAGAGGAGAAAGAAGGACAUUCUUGAUGCCCAAGUUGGCCACACAUGGAAAGGCGAAGGAAAGGGGAGAAAGAAGAACAUUUUUUUAUGCCCAAGUUGGCCAAACAUGGAAAGGGAAUAAUUAGUGGCUAAGAAUCUUCCAUUAGCAUUAAAAAUAAUUUGUUAGA